UUUAUUGAACGCGUAGUGUAUGUGAUACGCUUCCUUGCGCUUCACUGAUCUCGCCCAAAUUAUAUUUGUCUUCAAGAUCAACGCUUAAAAUGAAUCUAUAAUAGCUUCAAUUCGAACUGUCCUGGGAUGAAUAUCCGAGAAGACUCCAUAGUUUGGAGCGGAGAAGAGUUUUUUCUCAAGGACUUUUUAGAGAAAUUUCCACUUCCUCAAAUAGUCAAAGUAGAAGAAGGCUAUCAUGAUGAAUUCGAAGAAGACAGAACUCUAAGUUCGUCACAACUCCUAACACUACAUAGUAUUAAAGAAUUAGCUACUGUGAAAGCAACUGAAGGGUCACUGGAAGUUUUAUUACCGGCAGACUCGAAUUCUAGAGUCCAAAUCCUCAACAAAAGCGAUGGACCAGCAUAUUAUGACACUGUAGAAGCCCUGGCUAUUGGAUUUCCUAAAUUUGCCGCAUCCGACCAGAAUCUACCAUUUUUGAACAUCGCUGCUAAUGAAGUCCUUGAGUUAAUAAAAACAAAACAAAAAUUCCGAGAGAGGUUCCUCGUUUGCCAAGUGCUAGAAACAGGUCGAACUGUAGAGCUGCCACUUAGUUUUAAAGGACGUUUUAAGGUGCUUGGAGAUUGUCCAACUACGUCUCCAACUCUUAAAGAUGUUAUUAAAUACUGGAAGCUUCCGUGUUCAGUGAAAUUCAUGGAUAACAAGCUAAAACUGUUACAGGAUGGUUAUGACAUAAAUCGUCCCUCUGGUUUCGGUAUCUUAGGCCCAGUUAAGCUUCAUUCAGUCAAUCACUACAAAGUUGUUUUCACAACGACUUGGGAAGACCAAAAGGCCCACUCGGUUCUACCACUACCGACCGAUCUGCAAGUUCGAGUUGUCGCAGCACUUGGAGCAAUUCAAGGUGAUAAGAAUUAUGCCAAACUGUGCAAAAUAGCUCAAGACAAGACCAAAAGUGAUCAGCUGGUUUUAAGGUUUAUCAGGCAUGGUCCGUGUAAAGUUAUAAUGGAAGAUAUAGAAGAACCAGAGGAAUAUGAAUCACCUUCGAAUUACAGUGAGGUUGGACCACGAUUACCUCCAAGGAAUUAUACACCAGGGCAACGCGAACAAGCUCCAGUUCCAAAGCCACGUUCUAUAAGCGCUCCUAGUGUUCCUCCUAAAGGCCUACCGAGACCACCGAAAGAGAUGAAUGACAAUGUAUUUGAGGAAUACCUUUCAGUUAAAGAAAGUGGUAGGUCAAGAAGUAUUAGUCUGAAUCCGGAGAAACUUCCUCCGAGUUUUGAUGAUAAUGAAGCAGAGGGCUCUCAUAGCACCGCUAAGAGCCCGUCAGCUUUCGGGAGCGAGUCUCGAAACCGCUUCAAGGAUAGCGGCAAAAAGUUUGGCAACUUUUUUUCUCCGUUGAAAAAAGUGCCCUCAAAAGUCGGAAGCGAAGUCAAGAAAUUGAGGCGAAGUGUAUCAGAUCUAAAUGUUUCGAAAAGGUUGCCUUCGUCUGGUAGUGAUAUUGUAGGGAGCUCGGCUGAGUAUCGUGAGGUAACGCCAGUAAACGCCACUGCUGAUCGACUAAAUCUAGAAAUGAUUGAAAAACUGAAGCUCAAACCCAAUGAAAAUCCAAAAGGGAAACUCAAUAUUGAAUAUCCCCAUAACAUUCAAUCGUGGUCUAUACGAGAUGUUGGUGAGGUCUUAAGAUUUUGUCACUUGGACAUGUAUGUCGAGAUAUUUAAAAGGGAAACAAUUGACGGGUCUUUGUUAUCGUCUCUGAAUGCUGAUGCUUUGCAAAGUCUAGGAAUCCAAAAUCCACUACAUAUACAAAAAAUACUUAAAAUUACCAACGGAUGGCUGCCAAAGACAUAACAUAUACUACUCAUACGUAAGUCAUUCAUGUUCCAAAGUAAAACUUAGAAAAUAGAAAUGUUUUCCUUAUAUUAGUAUUUUUCAAAGUCAAAGUAUUGGUCACGUGAAGGAGAUAGCGUGACCGCAAUAUCUGCACCCGAGAAUGGUGGUUAAAAUUAUGAUAAAUAUCAUCCAAAAAUAUCUAUUAUGGAGAACUCAUAUUGCAUAUAUCAAUUUUGGAAUUCAAUAAUUUCUAGCUGAUUGUAUAUAUUCACAAUUUUUGCAAGUGUUAAUUUGUGUUAUUAGUGUUAUUGGAAUUUCUAUGGAAUGUCAGUACCAAUAUUCGCUACGCUCUCUCAGCAUAAUCCAUUCUAAAUAGGAAAAUUAAACUAGGUCCAGUUGGCAUUACAAUGAAUUUUAGGACUGUUUUAGAGAGCGAAAUAAACGCCAUCUUGGAAAUAUGUUUACUAAACAGUCCAGAGAGGUGACAUAAAGUCCAAAAUACACUUCUAUGCUAACUCAACCCAGUUUUUUUCUUCAGAUUACCUAAUAGAAUCUUUGCAGAUUGUUCUGGGGUACAAAACAUUAGGCCGUCUUUUCCUAUGCCAAAAAAAAAAACAUCCGUUGUUUUGUCCCCCAAAACAAUUCCUCUCGGGACUCUAUAGUGCAUUUUUCAAGAUUUUCUCAUUAUUUGGAAAUGGGAUGAAUAAGAUGAAAUACUUGUUGAUCUUGGAACUGUUGCUUCCAUUUAAAAACUAAUACUUAAUAAUUUUAUAAUGCCUUCAGUUCACUUAACGAAUCUGCUUACAUUUUUGCUUCACAUUUUCCCCCACUCACUCAUUUACAAAUAUACAAAUAAUUAACCUCCAAUGGCAGAUAUCAGAGUGACUCUCUAUUUCCUUCAAACAAUGUUGUAUCAAGUUGAGGCAUUUGGGUCAAUACAAUGAAAUGUAUAGAAAAUGACCCAAAUGUAACAAUUGUUUGAAGCCAAUAAAGUGUCAAUUAGCUAUUAAAUUGAGUAAAAUAUAUUCAAGUUUAAAUUUGGAGAAAAAAUCAUCCUUUAUGUUCACACACACAUUUUAAUGCCGAGAAUUUUGAACCAAUAAAUGAAAAGAACCUGUUUAUCUGCUUAA